UCAGGCUCCGUACAGUCUGUACAGCCCACUGGCACCAUCACGUUUCACCCUCCUCCUCCUCCAACGUUCCCCAGCUGGAUUUCUACCAGCGUCUCACUCCGGCUCGCUCAUAAACCAGCGCAGCACUUUAGCUCCGCGGCCGCGACUCUCCGCGUCCUAAUUAGACAAUUAGGCAAUUAAAAACAUUUAAAACCCGUUGCUUCGUGGAUUCCACCGUGACCCCUUUAAUCUUCCCACCGAGGCGGGGGUUUAUUAUAGGCGCUUUUUAAAAAAAAAAAAAAAAAAAAAAAAAAGCCCACGGAAUCCGCGCCGUGACCGGGGCGACACUCCCCCCGCCGACGCGGCGGCCAACCGGGUGACGGUGCGUCCGGAGCUGCCCAGCUGCUCGGAGCCGUGUGGAUGCGUGCAGCCCCCUGGAUCUGGUGGGAGGGGGAGAAGUUUCCCCGAAGACGAGCCCGGAUCACCGAGAGAGACGAUGCUCUGCUCCUCCGUCUCAGCCGCACGAGCCGCUCGCUGGAUUUGCUGAUUCCAGAUCAUUCUUUUCUUUGCUGCAAGUUGUUCAACGGGACUGAGGCGAGACUCCUGGACCGGAGGAUGCUCCCGCGGGUCAUUCGGAUUCUGUACGUCUUGUCUUUCUGCUUUUUCCAGGGAGGCUUUAUCAGACUGAGCUCCUGUAAGGAGGAGAUAAAGCCCCCCGGCAGGGCGGGACCACAGCUCUCUCCUUCCGACUUCCUGGACAAGCUCAUGGGGAGAACGUCCGGAUACGACGCUCGCAUCAGACCCAACUUCAAAGGUCCACCUGUGAACGUCACCUGUAAUAUUUUCAUCAACAGCUUUGGGUCCAUCACAGAAACCACCAUGGACUAUAGGCUCAAUGUAUUUCUACGGCAGAAGUGGAAUGACCCUCGUCUGGCAUACAGCGAAUACCCCGAUGACUCCCUUGAUCUGGAUCCGUCCAUGUUGGACUCUAUCUGGAAACCCGAUUUAUUCUUCGCAAACGAGAAGGGAGCCAAUUUCCACGAGGUCACCACCGAUAACAAGCUGCUGCGGAUCUUCCAGGACGGCAGCGUCCUGUACAGCAUCAGGCUGACUCUUACCCUGUCCUGCCCUAUGGACUUGAAGAAUUUCCCCAUGGACAUUCAGACCUGUACCAUGCAGCUUGAAAGCUUCGGUUACACCAUGAAUGACUUGAUAUUCGAGUGGCUGUCUGAAAACCCUGUUCAGGUGGCUGAUGAUCUCACCCUCCCCCAGUUUGUGCUAAAAGAGGAGAAGGAUCUGGGCUACUGCACCAAGCACUACAACACCGGUAAAUUCACCUGCAUUGAGGUCAAAUUCCACCUGGAGCGUCAGAUGGGCUACUACUUGAUCCAGAUGUACAUCCCCUCCCUGCUCAUCGUCAUCCUCUCCUGGGUCUCCUUCUGGAUUAACAUGGACGCGGCGCCCGCCCGAGUGGGACUAGGGAUCACCACCGUGCUGACCAUGACCACACAGAGUUCUGGUUCCAGAGCCUCGCUCCCCAAGGUGUCCUACGUGAAGGCCAUCGACAUUUGGAUGGCCGUGUGCCUUCUGUUUGUGUUCGCCGCCCUGCUGGAGUACGCGGCGGUUAACUUUGUCUCGAGGCAACACAAGGAGUUCAUCAGGCUGAGGAAAAAGCAGCGGCAGCAGAGAAUAGUGUUUGCCAGUCAGCCUGGGAGCGUGGAGUCCCUGAGGAAAGCAACCGACUCUGUCCCCGCGAGCAACUCCACCUUCAGGAGCGUGAAUCAGCACUGCAGCACCUGCGCCCGGGAGGAGGAGCUGGUGAGAGAAAGCCGCGGCUUUUACUUCCGGGGUUACGGACUGGGCCACUGCCUGCAGACCAAGGACGGGACGGCCGUGGAGGGCGCCACCGUGUUCGCCCCCCCGCCUCCGAUCACCAUGUUCGACGGGGAGGUCCUUCACAAGCGCUUCGUGGACCGGGCCAAGCGCAUCGACACCAUAUCCAGAGCCGUCUUCCCUCUGAGCUUCCUUAUAUUCAACAUCUUCUACUGGGUCACCUACAAAGUGCUGCGACACGAGGACAUCCACGCGAAUUUGUAAAGGUUCCGCCAACAUCAGUGGCCACGUCGUCGUGUUUUUCUCAGAACCAAAACUGCCUGUUAGAUCAAGAUUACAAUGAGGAAAUGGGCCAAGAGGCGCCUGCCUUUUAAAAGCGCUGCUACAAACGCGCUCAGGUGCAACGCGGCUGCAUGCAGCUCUCGUAACAGGACAAAACACUGCUGGUACCUGUGAGUUCAUGACAUUCGUUGGAGAUGAGUCAGUGUUGGUGAUGCCGAGCAGAUGAGACGCGACUGACUUGAAUUUUGACACUACGCAUCUUUGAAUGAAUGUUUUUGGAGAUCAAAAAAGACAACAAACUUUUUUACACCUUUAGAUUAUCAAAUGGGGCCAGAGGAAGGACUGGGUCUUUAUUUAUGAACAUGAAAUAAAUGGUGAUAAAUCAGUUUAGCUACUUGUAAGGAGACAGAUUAUAUAUAUCUAUAUAAUUAAUGGUGUAUAUAAACAAACCUGUUCAUUAAAAGUAAACAAAGCACAACUAUGUAUUUCCUUUUUGUCAAAAUUGAAAUAAAUUAUUAUUCUGACAGGAAAUCACAA